AUGGCUGAUUGGGGAUGGGGUUUCACUAGAGGUGAAGUAAAAGAUAUAAUACAAGAUUUUCUCACAACAAACAGUAUUGAAACACCAUUUAUAGAUUCUCGACCAAGUAAAGACUGGUUGCAUGCCUUCUUGCAAAGAAAUCCCAAAAUUACUCCAAGAAAAACUGAACACUUAAGUAAUUCAAGAAGCGAUGCUGAAAAUCCUGAAACUAUAAAAACUUGCAACAACACUCUAUGCCCUAAUUGUGGUGGAUGUAGAAAUAUAGGUGAUCAGUGGGUGUGCUGUGAUGUUUGUGACAUCUGGUAUCAUUUAAAAUGUACUACGAUAACUGAAUUAGAUAAUGUUAAAGUCAUGGAGUGGAAGUGUAGCGAUUGCUCUAAGCCUUUGUAA